AUGGCUGGCGGACUUUUCUGUCACCAAAGAAUUUCGUCGGAAGAACAUGAACAAUUCCUAGCUGAACACGAUCAAAAAGAAAGGGAGAAAUCUCCAGAAAAAAGCUUUAUUGUCGACGCCAUCAGCUACGAGCUAGAGGGUGGCCGCACUCUUAAAGCUGUGCUCAGGGACGAAACUGGAGGCGAACGGGUAUCAAGGCUCGACCUGAACAAGUGCAUUGCCCUAGACGGCAGUGACCUGAGAUAUAACAGACUUACAUUGCGUUGGACGUCUGAUGGAGGGUUUUUUGACCAAAUCAACCUCAGGAACGGGCCAUUUAUCCAUGAGGAUCGUGAGUGGGGUCCGAUGGUCUGCCUCGAGUUCACCUAUACUGGUGGCAACAUCACAUGGGGACCCGCCAAGAAAAGGAUCAAUUUGGGAGAACAUGUUUACGCCAAGAAUGGCGAACUUGGUUAUUUUUCGUGGUCUGGAUACCUUCGCGGCACACCAGAACCACCUCGUCGGGAGCCGUGGCGUCUGUACUUCGAAGAUAUCGAGACAGCACGUGAGACUGCCAGCAUGGCAGGAUUCAUGGUAAGAGGACGGGAUGACGAAGAAUUUAUCAUCUAUGAUCAUUAUUCAUUCAGGGACUUAUGGGAAAGAUUCUGUCACUGCUUCCUGGAACUCGCCUUAGAUAAAAAGUAUGGUGGCUUCAAAGAUGCCGAUGGAGGUGACGCCGUCGAUGAGGAACAUCCAUCACCUCUGAUUCUAUGGUUGCAGUCACAGGUUAAGGGAGGCCACAUACCAGAAGUCAAAUUCGUGGGAAACGACUCCAAAGCUGAACACCACUAG